CAUUCAUCCUGGCGAUUUGGGUUUAGGGCUUCCUUUAUUUUCGUGGCGCCGCGACCGAUCCCGCUCGAUCGCCAUGGCGAAGCGCUUCUCUUCCGGAUUGCAAGCAAUGAAGUUCAUGCAACGCGGCCGCGAUGCCGCCAAGAAGGGAGAGGAGGACAAAGGGGAUGACGAUCACUGGGUAUCAUCCACAGCGCCGUCCAGCCGCAGAUGGUACAAACAAAAGCUUCCAUGCAUUUCUUCUUCUCAUUCCCAUGAAUACUUCCAACACAGAGGUAUUCAUCGAGGAGGUUCCUCCAUCCCAAUUCUAACCUCUCUUCGUUGUUCUUCCAUCUCUUCCAGCGUCGUGAUCAUGGAAGGGGAUCCAAAGCCCGCUGCUUCGCUCGGGCGCAUGUCUUUCCAGAACUACAACCCAAGCAUCGAUAAAAUCCAUGAAGAUAUCCAGGCGAGAAGGUUUCCAAAGGCCGCAAGUUCUAGUGACGAGCAACAAGCUGACAAAGAAACCAAGGACAGUGACGAGAGAACCAAAGCCGAGAGCUCAACCAGCGCUGGAAACACGAAAGAAGAGAACCAACAGCAGCCUGCAAGCAAGAAACGCAAAGCCGAGAACCACCACAAACCUCCAGAGAAACCCACUCCAAAAAAUCCAAUCAACAGGCAAACUCCAGUGUCCCAGAACAGAUUCGACGCCAUACGAGCUCAAGGAUUCAGGAAACCUCCAAAGUUCUAAUUGGUAACAUAAGAGUACCUCUCACGCUCACGAGCUUUGACGA